GGCGCCCGGCCUCACGGCUGCGGCGUCUGCUCCGGGCGGCGGCGGCGCGAGCGGCGGCGGCGCGAGCGGCCAUGGAGGCGGGCGCCGGGGCCGGUGCGGGCGCCGCGGGCGCCGCGGGCGCCGCGGGCUGGAGCUGCCCCGGCCCAGGACCCACAGUGACCACUUUAGGCUCCUAUGAGGUGUCUGAGGGUUGUGAGAGGAAGAAAGGCCAACGCUGGGGGUCCCUGGAGCGGCGGGGGAUGCAAGCUAUGGAGGGGGAAGUGUUGCUCCCAGCUCUCUAUGAGGAGGAAGAGGAAGAGGAAGAGGAGGAAGAAGGGGCAGAAGAAGAGGAAGAGCAGGCGCAGAAAGGUGGCAGCGUGGGCUCCUUGUCUGCCAGCAAGCACCGGGGACUGAGCCUCACAGAGACGGAGCUGGAGGAGCUGAGGGCUCAGGUGCUCCAGCUGGUGGCAGAGCUGGAGGAGACCCGGGAACUGGCAGGGCAGCACGAGGAUGACUCCUUGGAGCUGCAGGGGCUCCUGGAGGAUGAACGGCUGGCCAGUGCCCAGCAGGCAGAGGUGUUCACCAAGCAGAUCCAGCAGCUCCAAGGUGAGCUGCGGUCUCUACGAGAGGAGAUUUCCCUGUUAGAGCGUGAGAAAGAAAGUGAACUUAAGGAAAUAGAACAGGAGUUGCACAUAGCCCAGGCUGAGAUCCGGAAUCUGCGGCAAGCAGCAGAGGAUUCCGCGACUGAACACGAGAGUGACAUAGCAUCCCUGCAGGAGGAUCUCUGCCGGAUGCAGAAUGAACUCGAUGACAUGGAGCGCAUUCGGGGAGAGUAUGAAAUGGAGAUCACCUCCCUCCGUGCAGAAAUGGAAAUGAAGAGCUCUGAACCAUCCAAUAGUUUAAGUGUCUCAGAUUUCUCUGAGAUGCAAGAAGAGUUGCAGCAACUGCGGGAACGCUACCGCUUCCUGAACGAGGAGUACCGGGCCCUGCAGGAGAGCAACAGCAGCCUCACGGGGCAGCUCGCUGAUCUGGAGAGUGAGAGGACACGAAGAGCAACGGAAAAGUGGCUGGAGUCCCAAAUGGUAAAGAAUACGAUGUCAGCAGAGUCUCAGACUUCAGAAAUGGAUUUUCUAGAACCUGACUCUGAAACCCAGUUGUUGCGACAACAGCUUCUGGGAGCUGAAGAGCAGAUGCAUGACAUGCAGAACAAGUGUAAGGAAUUGUGUUGUGAGUUGCAAGAACUACAGCAUCAUCGCCGGACCAGUGAGGAGGAGCAGAAGCGGCUGCAGAGGGAGCUCAAGUGUGCACAGAACGAGGUGCUUCGGUUUCAGACUUCCCACAAUGCCGCCCAGAACGAGGAGCUGAAGACCAGACUCUGUGCCCUUCAGCAAAAGUAUGAUGCGAGCCAGGACGAGCAGAACGAGCUCUUGAAGGCACAGCUACAGCUUCAGACUGAGCUCCGGCAGCUCAAAGUCAUGAAAUCCACAGCCGUAGAAAGCCCGAGUGAGAAGGAGUUAAUGUGCCGGCUACAGAAGCUGCAGCUCCAGUACCAGCACAUCACGUGCGAGAAGGAUAAGCUGCUGGACGUGCAGCGACAACUGUGUGGGGACCUGCGGUACCAUGAGGCGGAGGUGCAGCGCCUCAAGGACGUCGUGGCCUCCUUCCAGGAGAGCAGUGAGAAGAACGCAGAGAUGCACACCCAGCUUCAGGAGAUGAAGCGGCUGUACCAGUCCAGCAAGGAGGAGCUGGAGCGGCAGAAGCACAUGUAUGAUCAGCUCGAGCAGGACCUCCUGCUCUGCCAGCAGGAGCUGAAGGAGCUCAAGACCACCAAGCUCAUCCCAGAGGACAAGGGGAAAUGUGCUAAUAAGUGUGACACAGUGCUGUCCAGACUGACAGAAUUGCAGGAACGGUACAAGGCCAGCCAGAAGGAGUUGGGGCAGCUGCAGAUGGAGCAGUGCGAGCUCCUGGAGGAUCAGAGGAGGAUGCAGGAGGAGCAGGGCCGGCUGCAAGAAGAGCUGCACAGGCUCCCGCUCCCGUUCCCCAGAGCUGGUCUCUUCCGUAAGAGUCAGGAGCUGCUUACAAAGUUACAAGACCUGUGCGAACUGCAGCUGCUCUACCAAGGCAUGCAGGAAGAGCAGAAGAAACUGGUACGGAAUCAAGAAUGCGUGCUCAGAGAACAGUCAGACCUGCACGAAGAGCUACAUCUUUUCAAAGAGGCUCGUUUCCAGGAAGUCUUCAAGAAUCCCGAUGAUUCCAAAUUGUCUAAGUCCUCCAAGUGUGGUCCUAACAAGUCCAAGAUGAUCAUCGCCCAGAUACAGGCUCUGCAGGGGCUGUACGAGAGCACUCAGACCGAGCAGGAGCUACUGCAGCAGGAGCAGGGCAGGCUCCUCGAGGAGCGGAAGAGGCUGCAGGCCGACUUGCAGCUCUGCCUGGAAGAGAUGCAGCUGCUCCGAGUCCAGUCCCCUUCCGUAAACAGGAGCCUUGAGUCCUACCAGAAGACCUACGGCGGCAUGGCCGCCAGCACCGAGUACGAUCGUAAGAGCUACGGUAGCAGCGUUGAUGACAGCGAGAGCUAUCACAAGAGUUACGGUAGCACCCAGGCCAGUGAUGAGAGCUUUCUCAAGAGCUACGACAGCAGCACCAGUACCCACAAGACCUGUGAUAGGAAUUACAGCAGCAGCAGCAGGAGCAGCAGCAGCAGCAGCAGCGUCACCUAUAAGAAGAGUUACGGUAGCAGCAGUAGCUCUGACACCUGUUACAAGAGUUACGUCAGCAGCAUUGAGGAUGAACCUGCUGAGCCUGAAGAUGUAGAGCGCUGUGAGGACAUGGUGGCCAAGGUGUUGAUCAAGCUGCAGGGAGUGCAGGCCAUGUACCAGCUCAGCCAGGAGGAACACGACCAGCUGCAAGAGCGAAUGAAAAAGCUGCUGGAACGGCAGAAGGAGCUGAAGGAAGAGCUGGAUGCCUGUGAAAAGGAAUUCAAGGAGUGCCUGGAAAGCCGCGAGAAGCCUGUUGCCUCCUCAAAUGACAGGAACGAGAUCAAAGAGCUGCAGGCCAAGCUGCGGGAGCUGCAGCUGCAGUAUCAGGCCAGCAUGGACGAGCAGGGGCGGCUUCUGGCCGUGCAGGAGCAGCUGGAGGGACAGCUGCAGUGCUGCCAGGAGGAGCUGCGCCAGCUCAAGGAGAGGUCCUCUGUCGCCACAGAAACCAAGGGGAAAAACGGCAAUAAGAACAUGAACAAAAAUGCCAACGGGGUUAAAAAUAAAAAGGUGACCAAACCAAGCCUGGACGGCUCUGAGUACACCUGUGAGGACGAGAAGAGUCUGGAGGCGGUGCUCUACUACAAGGCCAACCACACGGAUUUAUAUGAUCUAACAAAAGAGGAAGUGGAGGAGGGAAAGAAGGAAACCAAAGAGGAAACGAAGCAGGAGUCCUGGGAGGAAGUAGCUUCUCAGGCAUCAGACCCUGCAGAGGUGAAGUCCACGGAAGAUAAAGAGGGGGCUUAUGAAGAGUCCCAAGAGCAGGGGGGCAAGGAAGAAGACAACAAAGACGAGAGUGACGACGCUUGCCCUGAAGCUUCAGAGGAAAACAGCCCCCUCAAGCUUUCUGAAAACAAAAAGAACAUGUUUGGGAUGUGGAAGCCUAUCGUGUUCUUGGCUAUCGCGGCUGUGGCUCUGUAUGUGUUACCCAACAUGCGACCGCAGGAGUCAGAGUUCUGCCUCACGGAGUGAUGGCAGACCUGGGCCAGCCUCGGGGGCAGAUCCCCAGCGGCCGCUGCCCUCACACUGUGCCAGAGUCCCCACCCCACCCGUGUGUCCCGUGUGUCCCCAUCUCCUCAGCCUCAGUCACCCAGGCUGGAAAGGUCAUGGGGAGCUGCUGGCUGCCAUCUCCUGCCUUGUAUAAGAACCUGGGUUCCGUGUAAUUAAAUAUCAACCUAAUUA